GGGGGACCCCGAUAUUGUUGAAUUGGAACACGAAAAAUCCUUUCUUCAGUUCCACCAUGCCGUUGGCCGAAGCUGGGAUGGCGACUGGUUUCGAUGACCUAGAUUUGCCAAUGCUGGACAAGCACCUGUUCACCAUGCUAAAUUUGGACGUGACGUUGCCAGCCGUGGGUGCCCACAGAAGCUUUGGCUUCAAAUUGCGACCCUCUGAACACCAGCAUGUCUUCGAUGUGCUUGAGAAGUUUCUGCAAAACCUUUUCCAAGAGCUAGACUUGGUGACGUCCGGUGGCCCAGAUCUCCAACGAGACUAUUUGGGUGUGCGUGAUCGAGCAGCGGCUAGCAUGGAUGAAUGGCAGGGUUUGGUGGAUGACUGGAAAGGAAGCUUAUUGACCAGGCUGGGCGACUUGGGGAAUGAGCUGACAGAGGUUAAGAAGAGCGAGACGCGUCUGCGACAGCUGUUGGAGCAGAAGGAGGCAGAGCUGUCUGAGAUUCGAGAAGAGAGCCGGAGCCUAAAGAAGGACUUGAUGCGAGUCAGGAGGAGGUGCUCUGAGGAGAGAUUAGAGAAGCUAGGGCUGAAUGAUCAAGGCGGCUCAACGCCGUCCACACCUUCGACCUCGGUGAUCGGCUUCUUUGCGAAGACUUUAGGCAAAGGCAUGUCCAAGGAGCGGAGUGCGGAGAAUUAGGGGUUUCGUCAGUACCUUGAGUAAGAAUGCUCCUAGUAGUGAUGCCAGGAGCCGCUACCUAGUAGUAAGGCCAGGAGCCGCUAGUAGAGAUGUCCAUGUGAGUCACUUUAGGAAGGAUCCUUUGAUCUUGUGAACAGAGAAGGGCUGCUGUGGCUGCUUUUGUCCUCCAGUUUUGUGUCGCGUUGUGGGGUCGACUGGUACAAGAACAACAUGAAGAUGGAUUCACGACCCUCCAUUGCUGCAACCUGGCAAGGUAAGAAUUGUAAGAGGAGAGGUGCCAAAGAGGUAGAUGAUAAAAGGAGAAAAACACAAACACGCAGAAGAACAACACCUAGAACAAGAAGCUGCCAUGUUGAAAGAGUAGAGGCUGUCAACGUUUACUUUUGACCGAGGUGAGGGCUAUGCGUUCAAUGGCCUCCCGAGAGAUCCAGGGGAUUUUGCCCGGGGAAGUGGGCGAUACCCUCGACACGAUGUCGGAGGAUCCGCCAAAACCUGCGAUCAAAAAGGCAUAGUAAAAGGUAGCUACUAGGGGCUCCUGGCAUCACUACUAGGAACAAGGACGCUACUAGGAACCAGGACGCUACUAGGGGCUCCUGGCCUUACUACUAGUAACAAGGGCAUUAGGUUGGAGGCCAUAGGUUGGAGGCCAUUACUACUAGUAGUUAGAAGCUACUAGUAGCAGGGGCAUCGCUACUAGCUAGAAGCUACUAGUAACAAUUAAGGCUUAAGGCAUACCCCUUGCAGCCUCACGGCCCUUAAUUACGUUGGAAGAAAGACGCUUAUGGUCCAUUGGCCUUGGUAGGUUUUUUGAAACCAAGAUGUGCAACAGACUUUUCUUUGCAAGGCACUCAGCACGCCGGUCAUGAGUUCAGGAUGACAACCUGCCGCCGAGCCCGCGUCGUGUCCGGGAUUUAGCAGACGCUGGAGUUCAAGCCGAUGCCAAGGGAGUGGAGGUCUGCCACGUGGGGGUCCAAUGCUACCUCCGCGACAGCUAUGACUUUGAUUCCAUGCGUGUGAAGCAACGCCGUAGCAGCGUGAUUUGACGUGCGCCUACUUCGGUCCGUCCUUUGUGGUUGUACGUUUUCAUUUACUGUCGAACCGUUUCAAUUUUAAAACAAUUUUGACAGCUUGGGUCAUGAGAUGCCUAAGCUUGCCUAAGCUUGCCUUUGCUGGCCUUUUGCUUGCCUUUGGCCGCUUCCGCUUGAAGACGGCAGGACUGAGGGACCCUUUUAAUCAGGUGACGUUGGCAUCAGCCCGAACUGGGCGGUGGAACGCGGGCGCGCAUCACCUGGGUCGACCAAAUGGCUCGUUCGUGGUACGUGGCGG